AUGGACGCAACCGAACUUAAGAAUAAAGGCAACCAGGAGUUUUCCGCGGGUCGCUAUACGGAGGCUGCGGAGUUCUUCAGCCAGGCCAUUACGUUGGAUCCUUCCAACCAUGUGCUGUACAGCAACCGAUCCGCGUGUUAUGCGGCCUUGCAUCAGUACCCAAAUGCACUACAGGAUGCCGAGAAAUGUGUCUCAAUUAAGCCGGAUUGGGUGAAGGGUUACGUGAGACAAGGUGCCGCACUUCACGGCCUUCGGCGCUAUGAUGAAGCUGCCACCGCGUACAAUAAGGGGUUGUCUAUUGAUCCCUCAAAUACUGCAUGUACUGAAGGCAUUACUGCUGUGGAGAAGGAUAAAGUUGCUUCCAAGAUGCAGAAUCCUUUUGCCAAGGUGUUUGGCCCUGAUGCCAUUGGGAAGAUACAAGCACAUCCAAAGCUUUCACUGUACCUUCUGCAGCCGGAUUACGUUCGCAUGAUUGACGAGGUAACGAAAGAUCCUUCUACCGUACACAUGUACCUUAAGGAUCAACGUUUUAUGGCAACGUUCAUGGUACUCAGUGGGUUGGAUCUUCCUGGCAGCGAGGAGGAGGAAGAAGAAGAAAGGGCGAGGCAGCAACGCCAGAAGGAACAGGAAAAAAAAAUGAAGGAGGAAAAUGAAAAGAAGAAGGCAGCAGCAGCAGAGCUGUCACCAGAGGCCACUGAAGCACUGCGCCUAAAAGAGGAAGGGAAUGUGUUGUACAAGCAACGAAGGUUUGAUGAAGCGUUACAGAAGUAUCAGGAGGCUCUUGCCAAGGACACUACAAACACUGUUUAUCUCCUUAACAUCACUGCAGUUAUCUUCGAAAAGGGGGAGUAUGCGGCGUGUGUAGAGAAGUGCGAAGAAGCUCUGGAGCACGGCCGUGAGCACCGUUGUGACUACACUGUGCUCGCUAAGCUUAUGACACGCGAGGCACUAUGUUUGCAGCGUCUCAAGCGUUUCGAGGAGGCCAUUGCAUUGUUUAAGAAGGCGCUGGUGGAGCACCGGAACCCUGACACGCUCGCCAAGCUGACUGCUUGUGAGAAAGAGAAGGAAAAGGCUGAUAUUGAGGCCUACGUGAAUCCUGAGCUGGCAGUGCAGAAGAAGGAAGAGGGCAACGCAUUCUUCAAGUCUGACAAGUUUCCUGAAGCCGUGGAGGCGUACACGGAAGCGAUGAAACGCAAUCCAGAGGAGCACACGACGUACAGCAAUCGCGCUGCGGCAUAUUUGAAACUCGGGGCGUACAGCCAGGCUCUUGCGGAUGCCGAGAAAUGCAUCAGUCUUAACCCGGGAUUUGUAAAGGCACAUGCCAGAAGGGGUCAUGCUUUUUUCUGGACGAAGCAGUACAACAAGGCUCUACAGGCGUAUGACGAGGGACUCAAACAUGAUCCGGCAAAUGCGGAGUGCAAGGAGGGGCGCAUGCGGACGCUAAUGAAGAUUCAUGAGAUGGCUACUGGUGACUCCGCGGACAGUGACGAGGUGGCAAAGCGCGCCAUGGCAGACCCAGAGGUUGCCGCCAUCAUGCAAGACAGCUAUAUGCAGCUGGUCCUGGGUGAGAUACAACGGGACCCCUCACGCAUUCAAGACUACAUGCGGGAUCCCACAAUUUCUGCGAAGAUCAACACCCUUGUUUCAGCCGGAAUCAUUCGUUUUGGGAAGUAA